AAGGACCUGACCGGCGAAACUACAGUUAGCGCGGCGACAACGACGGUCGACCACAAAGAAAUUCCAGAGCUCCGACCCACUCGCUUUUUCAAUCUUCUUCUUCAUUUCUGUAUUUCUCUCUUCUUUAACUCACCGUUAGGGUUUUGAAACUCUGAUUUUCCACUCCCUGUAAGUCUAAUUUCCUCUUUAAGUUCGUACUGCAAUUAUUUAUAUCUCAUUAUCUUCUCGAUUGAGGUCUAUUUUCCUCCACGAUGGAACACUUUUUGGGUCUUCUUCGAAUUCGGGUGCUGCGCGGUAUUAAUCUCGCUGUUCGUGAUUCCCGUAGCAGCGAUCCUUAUGUUGUCGUCUCAAUGGGCGACCAGAGGUUGAAGACCCGCGUGGUGAAAAAUAAUUGCAAUCCUGAAUGGAAUGAUGAGUUGACUCUUUCAAUUGCAGAUCUGAGGACUCGAAUCGGUUUAUCAGUGUUUGACAAAGACACACUAACAGACCAUGACAAAAUGGGAGAUGCCGAGAUCGACAUCGAACCAUACAUCGAGUGUUUGAAGAUGGGACUGGAGAGCCUCCCAGAUGGGUGUGUGGUUAAGAGAGUAUAUCCAAGCAGAACAAACAAUUUAGCUGAUGAGAGCCAAUGUGUUUGGCACAAGGGGAAAAUUGUACAGAACAUGUUCCUGAGGUUGAAGAAUGUAGAAUGUGGGGAGGUGGCAAUUCAACUCGAAUGGAUUGACGUUCCUGGUGCCAAGGGUUUGCCGGUCGGGGGUACGAGCCACUACUGAUUUCUUAGCUGAUGCACCAGGUACUACUAAUAAAUUUCCCAGUUCCAUCACUUGUAGAUUAUGUGAAAUACAAUAAAGAUAUUUGCCUUGUUGACCUGAAACUAGAUUUAGAGUCCUAGGUCUGUAGUAUGAAUAUAACUCUGAGUUGGCUGGAGUGGUUUGAGCUGGGUUUUCUCUUAGCAAAUUUAAACUGCUUCCUGUAAUCAUAUAUAUAUAUUACUAUGGUUGUAUGUUGGCAGUUAUUUCAAGGGUAAAAGAAAAAACAUGUCAAACUAUUGUAGGAAAUGGUUAAAACAUAGCUUCUCUCUUCCA